GAGAGACAACCGACAUGAGGCGUCUGUUCACGGUUGCAACUUGGUGUCUCAAAGGAAUAAAAUAACAGAAGAAUACAACGCAGAGACGAAAGGAAACGAAGAACCAUUUGCAUUUGUUGGAUAUAUGCCGUUGGAUUCGUCUUUAAAAGUUUUUUUCUUCGGUUGGUGUAGCUUAUGCCCAAGAAAUUGUACUGCUCGCUUUCAUGGACUACAGUAGGCUACAGCACCGAAACACAGGAGAGGACGCAACUUGUUUAUCAGCCAACUUUGCGCAUUUUUGGAAAGAGAGAACACCAACGGCUUAGAGGAUAUACUGUGUUUCGUUUUUUAAUGUAGGCUACUAGUUCUCAAGGCAUACGCUACACAUCUUAACUUAUGUUUCAUUGUCGUUGUUGACGACGCUUUCGCGAAAGAUAUUGGAGAAGCGCUUUGGAGGCUACUUGACUCCCUUAUGUACGAACAUACGACACCCUGGCCGAUGCUGGUUUGGAUGUCUUAAAAAAAAAACAUUAUUUGAAUGUUCUGUGCUAGUGUAAUAAUUUUAAAAGUUACUAGUGCUUACAUUUAGCCCAUUUAUAAUGUAUAAUGAUUUCGGCAAAACUAUGUGUGACAUCCUAUUAAAUGUCAGCCUAUUUACAUUUCGCAUAAGUCGACUUGAAAGCUAUUUUGGAAAGAGCUUUAGAAAGCAUGCCAUUUUGUGAGGACUACGUCCAGGAGUUUUUAUAAGUCGCUUCGGAGUUGCUGACGGACAGCAGUCUCUUGCAUCACGUCAAUGCUUGCUCGGCUUCAACACCGCACCGUGGUCCCGGUAGCGUUCUAGGAUGAGCACGGAUCUGGAUCGCAUGUCGCUGAGUUCCUCGGCGAACUCAGUGGCGUCCAGUGCCCGCUCACUGUCAGUCAACGUCAAAAAGCUGCACAAUGCGCUCAACCUGCUGCUCAACGACUUCGAGCGGGAACAGUUCAUCCACUGUCUUAAUGUGUAUCACUCCAAACGCAAUGUCUAUGACCUGGUCCAGACGCUCAAAGUCAUCCUUAACGCCCCCAGCAAACGUCAACUGCUACCCAUGUUAAGGCUGGUCAUCCCACGCUCAGACCAGCUUUUGUUUGACCAAUACACCUCGGAGGGUCUAUACUUAAAAUCGGAUUUAGCUGCGAGCAAUGGCAGCCCCGAACCAUCUCUGGAAGUUGCUAAUGCGAGUCCCACUCUCGCCACGGUCUACCCAUCUCAAUCGGCUCUACGAGGGUCCCCAGAUACCGCCAGCACCAGCAGCGACGGGGGCACCACUCUGGUGCCGCUACUCGGAAGUCGAUUCCUUCAUGAACCCCCAGGAGAGCUCCGACAGGUGGUCCUAAAGCGGCACAAGAGCAACGAGGGGUUAGGUUUCAGCAUCCGUGGAGGCUCCGAACAUGGUGUCGGGAUCUAUGUAUCACUUGUGGAACCAGGUUCCCUCGCCGAGAAAGAGGGCUUGAGGGUCGGCGAUCAGAUCAUGAAAGUUAACGACAAAGUAUUCGAGAAUCUGACUCACGCUGAGGCAGUAAAGGUUCUAAAGGGAAGUAAAAAACUGUGUAUGUCGGUGCGCUCGGUGGGGCGGAUCCCUGGUGGCUACGUGACCAAUCAUGUGUACACGUGGGUGGACCCUCAGGGCCGAAGCGUGUCGCCCCCUCCGGACUUGACGGAGCACAGCAGUGCCACCCUGCGCCGCGGCGACAGCCAGAGACGCAGCCACAUGCAGCUGCUGCAGGAGGGUGACGAGAAGAAGGUGAACCUGAUUCUGGACGAUGGCCGCUCUUUGGGGCUGAUGAUCCGUGGAGGGGCCGAGUACGCUCUCGGCAUCUACAUCACCGGAGUGGACCGGGGGUCUGCCGCUGAGUUUGGGGGACUGAAGGUGGGCGACCAGAUCCUGGAGGUGAACGGCCGCAGCUUCCUUAACAUCCCGCACGACGAGGCGGUGCGCGUGCUCAAGUCCUCGCGCCACCUCAUGAUGACCGUGAAGGACGUGGGCCGCCUGCCGCACGCCCGCACCGUGGUGGGCGAGACCAAGUGGAUUAGCAGCUCGCAGAUCACCGAGAGCUCCACCAGUGGCAGUGUGGCGGGACUGUCUCUGGAUCAAGGGGCAUCGGCGUCGGGGAAGCCGGGGUUUUAUAAGGGCGUGGCUGGAUCUCAGGUGACCCUGUCCAGCCUGGUGAACCAGAGCAGGGCGAUGCUGGAGGAGCAGGCACGCCACCUGCUGACCGAGCACGAGAGGCAGACCAUGGGCUACUACCUGGAGGAGUACCGGGACGGACACAUCGGCGUGGAGCAGCUGGUCAUGGCCCUGUUUGAGCUGCUCAACACCCACGCCAAGUUCUCGCUGCUGUCGGAGGUGCGAGGCCUGGUGUCUCCCCAGGACUUGGAGCGUUUCGACGGGAUGGUGCUGCGACGGGAGAUCGAUGCCCUGAAAGCCCGGCAGGGUGGACCCGGGGCGGCCGCCCUCCAGCCGGACUCCUACUCCAUGGUGUCCUAUCCAGACACGCUGGCGUCCUCAUCGGCCAGCUUCAUGACUAACACCACACUCAGCUCAGCAAGGGAAAGGCUGCUGUGGUUGAUAGAUAUGAUGGAGAAUGACAGCACAGUGCAACAGAGUAACGGAGAGGAGCCUCCGGAGAGCGUCAGUGCGCUGCUGCCGGACAUCUCCCUGGACGAGGUGCAGUCCAGGUCCGACUCUCCCCCCUCCUUCAAACCUCCCCCUCCCCCAGGGGUCCAGAGGAGGCCGAACCGGAGGGAGCCAGCCACCAAGCGGCCCUCCUCCGAGUCCUCCCACUCCGGCCUGUACUUCACCGCCCCCUCCUCUUCCUCCUCGUCCGCCCACCGCUCGGCCGCUAAAGACCACAGGCGCCCGCCCCCGCACAAAUCCACCUCCACCUCCGCCGCCUCCACCUCUGCAAACCACCCCAAAAAGGGGGUCCCCACCACCCAGCUCUCCAUGGUCAGUCAGCACAACAUCGGCCCGUUCCCGCGCGUCCAGUCCCCUAGCCGAAACACGCCGGCGGCGGCCGUGUCCCACCCUCCUCCACACAAGCACCAACACCAUGCUCCACCUCCACCUCCUCCGCCGCCAGCCCCCCCACUACCGCCCCCUGCUGUUGCCCCGACUCCGUCCGUGACGCCCCCCCCUCCGCCGCCUCUACCGGCUCCCUCUGCCCCUCCGCCCUCGGCCUCCCCAGACAAGGCCUCCCCCUCCUCCCCUGCCAACAACCAGCACUUUGUGAUGGUGGAGGUGCACCGGCCCAACGCCGAGCCCGAUGUCAACGAGGUGCGACCGCUGCCACAAGCUCGAGGUGCUACUCUCUCACAGCUGUCAGACAGUGGUCAGACUUUAAGCGAGGACAGCGGCGUGGACAUUGCUGAGUCGGGGCGCCUCAGCAAGGAGAGCAGCCCCCGCCCCGCCCGGACGCGCGCCCCCAGAGACGGCACGGGGGGUGCAGGGGAGGCCACGCCAAAACCGCCGGGUCUACUGGAGCCCACGUCCACUCUGGUGACGGUGGCAAAGUCGGCCAGCACACUGGGCAUCGCCAUCGAGGGGGGCGCCAACACACGCCAGCCUCUGCCACGCAUUGUCACUAUACAGAGGGGAGGUUCGGCUCAUAACUGUGGUCAGCUGAAAGUGGGCCAGGUGAUACUGGAGGUCAACGGUGUGUCGCUACGAGGCCGGGAGCAUCGAGAAGCUGCGCGGAUCAUCGCCGAGGCCUUCAAGACCAAAGACAGAGACCAUGUAGACUUCCUGGUCACAGAGUUCAACGUGGCGCUUUAGGGGUCACCGGUGUCACACUGUCUUCACCCACAUCCAGUCUGUAUGUCCAGUGGAAUGACACCAGGGUCGGAGGGUCAAAGGGUCAGAGGUCAAAGAUGGAGCGAGGUGGAGGAACAUGGAGCAGAUGGAACAGUCACGGACUUCAUGCUUUAAGGCAGAGUUCAGCCCUCUUUCCACAUCCUCCAUGACUCACCCAGGAAGUUCUACAAGGUUCUGUAACACGGUUUGGGAGCGGAACCUGAUUAUUCUGACUCUAGGAGCGUUGGACUACACGGAUAUAGCUGCUCACCUGUAUGUACUGGCACGUCUUAGGACUCCGUUAGGAUUCACUCAGUAGUUGAACACAGCUCAGAAUCUGAAGAGCAGGGAUUAAGGAAAACAUCUGCUUUUUUAUUUAUUAACAGUAAGCUUCUUAUCGUUGCCGUCACCACAACAUCCCUUGGACUUGAAGCUGAUGACACUUAUCCACACAGACACAGACACACAUACACACACAUACAGUGCAAGCCAGCACAAUGGACUAUUUAUUCCUAGGAAAACAUUAUAGCCACCAUUGCUCCAAUCCUUGACUUUUAACUGAGAAUCUUGCAUUCUUUUUUUCUAAAUGGCUGUUUUUGAAUGGAAAAUAAAUAGCUACAGUAUAUACCCAGAUGAUGAGAUGCAAAUAAAUAGAGUAUAAUAUAUAAAUGUCAAAGGCACACUUUACUGUGUAAUUGAAACACG